CCUUUGAGAUAUCUCCACCCUUUUACUGGUAAGUCUGGAACUCUGGAUCUUUCUCUCUCCUCCACUUCUUCUGCAAUCUCUCUUCCCCCAUUGAUGAAACUCCGAUUUCCUCAACACAAAAAAUUGCACCAAACUUCGAUCAACCACUCCAAUCAAUCCCCAAACUGCAGGAACUUAAUCACGACUCUCCGUUUUCACCUGGUUAACUUCAUCAUAUGAGAGUCUGUCGGUAGUUGUUUGAGUUAGUGGCCGCUUAAUCAAUGGCAUGAAAAGAAGCUUUCAGAAGCACAAACAUUCUUUUGCCCCUGAUUUAUGGCUGAUAAUUCGUUGCCUGUUUCAGAUUCUCUCAUAGUUACAGAUAAUUCUCUAGCUAUUGGACAAGAAUUCCCUGAUGUUGAAACUUGUCGAAGAGCAUUAAAAGAUGUUGCGAUAGCAAUGCAUUUUGACCUUAGAAUAGUUAAGUCAGACCGCAGCCGUUUUAUAGCCAAGUGUUCUAAGGAGGGAUGCCCUUGGCGUGUUCAUGUUGCAAAAUGUUCUGGUGUUCCUACUUUUUCUAUUAGAACAUUGAACACAGAGCACACAUGUGAAGGAGUUCAUAAUCUUCAUCAUCAGCAAGCUUCAGUUGGUUGGGUUGCUAGAUCGGUAGAAUCUCGAGUGAAAGACAAUCCACAAUACAAGCCCAAGGAAAUUUUGCAAGAUAUUCGCGACCAACAUGGGGUUGCGGUAUCUUACAUGCAAGCGUGGCGUGGGAAGGAGCGUAGUAUGGCUUCCCUUCAUGGAACAUUUGAAGAUGGAUAUCGUUUUCUUCCUGCAUACUGUGAACAAAUAAGGAAAACUAAUCCUGGUAGCGUUGCCACAGUUGUCGCAACAGGACAAGAAAAUUGCUUCCAAAGACUUUUUGUCUCUUAUCGGGCAUCAAUAUAUGGCUUCCUAAAUGCUUGUAGGCCACUCUUAGAACUUGACAGAGCACAACUAAAAGGAAAAUACUUGGGGAUAGUACUAUGUGCAUCAGCUAUUGAUGCUGAUGAUGCACUAUUUCCAUUGGCAAUUGCUAUUGUUGACACAGAUAGUGAUGAAAAUUGGAUGUGGUUCAUAUCUGAGUUGCGGAAACUUUUAGGAGUCAAUACUGAGAACAUGCCUAGGCUUACAGUACUAUCUGAAAGACAAAAGGGCGUUGUUGAAGCAGUGGACACGCAUUUUCCAAGUGCUUACCAUGGCUUUUGUUUGAGAUUCAUCAGUGAAAACUUCCGAGAUACUUUUAAGAACUCAAAGUUGGUGAAUAUCUUCUGGAAUGCUGUAUAUGCACUUACAGCAGCUGAAUUUGAAAACAAAAUAUCCGAGAUGAUGGAGGUGAACCAAGACGUUGCCACAUGGUUCCAACAGUAUCCGCCUCUACUUUGGGCAGUUGCAUAUUUUGAAGGAGUCAGGUAUGGACAUUUCACAUUAAGUAUCACAGAGUUGUUAUAUAACUGGGCUCUUGAAUGUCACGAACUUCCAAUAGUUCAAAUGAUGGAACAUAUUCGGCAUCAGCUGAUUACAUGGUUUGAUGAACGGCGUGCCACAGGCGUGAGGUUAAAUUCCAUUUUAGUACCAUCUGCUGAGAAAAAAAUCUCAGAAGCAAUUGAAGAUUCCCGUUGUUAUCAAGUUCUUCGUGCAAAUGAGAUCGAGUUUGAGAUUGUGUCAACUGAACGCACAAACAUUGUGGAUAUAAGAGCCCGGGUUUGUUCAUGCAGGCGUUGGCAACUUUAUGGUAUACCUUGUGCUCAUGCUGCUGCUGCUCUAAUCUCAUGUGGGCAAAAUGUUCAUAUGUUUGCUGAGAAUUGUUUUACAGUUGCAAGUUACAGGGAAGCUUAUUCUCAGACUAUAAUGGCAAUUCCUGAUAGGAGUCAGUGGAAUGAGUCAGGUGAGGGUGUUGCAGAAGGUGGAAGUGCCAAAGUUGAUAUUGUAAUAAGGCCGCCUAAAACUCGUAGACCACCUGGUAGGCCAAAGAAGAAGGUGUUGCGUGUAGAGAAUUUAAAGCGGCCGAAGAGAAUAGUUCAGUGUGGUCGCUGCCAUAUGUUAGGUCAUUCUCAAAAGAAAUGCUCAUUGCCACUUUAAUUUUAUUUUUCCUUUGUAAAUCUCCCAGGAUUGUGGUAGAAUUAGUAGUGUUGUAUCCUUGAAAUGUCUCUCAGCAGUUGUAAAGAUUAACUUGUGGGACUUUCAACUUGUCUUUGUCUCACUAUUUAUCAGAUCAUAGAAAUCAAAGUUUCAACUCAGGUUAUGGAAAA